AAAAAACGAAGUACAAUAUUUUUCUUGGAUAAGAAAACUAAGAACAAUAAUGGCAGUUUGUGCGAAAGGUUUAACAACGAAGAGAGCCGGAGAAUGAAGAGGAGCAUGCGCAGAAAUACAUAACACCAUUAAACCUCAAACGAUCUCAACCCGAGAGGGGAGAAACAUAGAGUCAAAUGACGGAACAAUAACACGAAAUUCUCAGUAGAGUGUGCGCAACGAGGAAUGGUGUUUGUUCUAAUGUUAUUUUUCUAAUUUUUUUCAUUAAAAAUACAAUUCAAUCAUUUUCUAUAUCUGAGAGAUGACUGUUGAAUAAAUGUUUAUGAAACACAGUGUAUAUAGUGAACUUUGAAAAGUUUAGACUUAACAAUCAAAAUAUUUUAACAAUUUUAAAAUACAAUGCAAGCAGAUUUGUAGUCACAGUUUAGCAGGUUUCAAUUUUCGCUUAUUACGAUCGAAACAUUUCAAUUAAUCAUACUAACCUUUCAUGACCUAUAUAAUUUUACUACUUUCUAUUCGACACUGUUAAAAAACAAUUAAAAUUGAAUUGAAAAUUGUUUACGAAAUAUCGAUAUAUCGAUAUAAAUAAUUUGUUAAUGAAACAUAUUACAUGUCUUAUGAAAAAAACAUUCGGAGAUUUCGCUAGAUAUCGUGUCAUCAAAUAACAGAUCGAAUAAAACAGCUACAAAUAUGAAGAAAUUAAAUAUUCCUAUAUGUCUUCUAUUUCUCUUCAUAACGUGGGGAGCGACUGUUAGUAUAUAUUAUGACACUACAAUGAUCGACGAAAUGCGAAAUAAACUAUUACAAUUGGAGAAAGCAGUGGAGAGAGAUCUAUUCCAUUCUAGAUCUCUAUAUCAGUUUGAAAAUAAUAAAGAAGGAAAGUAUCUAUGGCUCAUAAAAAAGUUCAAGAAAUUUGGCGAUGAAUUAGAGCGAAACAUUUCGAGCAAUAGUUAUGAGUAUUUGAAUGCAUUGAAUUCCAUUUGGUUAUGGGCUAGAACAGAAAACGAAUUGCAAGGGAUUAACGGUUUGUACCGAGUUUUUCGAAUGAUGCAACAGGAGAUCAUUAAUGGAAAAGUUGCCCUUGAUAUACCAAAACUGGCUGAUUUCUUGGAUACAAUUCUGCAUGAUCCGAACGCGUCGAUCGUGAACGCUCUUUCUCGAAUCGGUGACCUGAUAGUGCACGAAAAAUUAUUCGUUUCGGUUUAUCAGGAAGCAUCUUCGCAAAUUUGCAAUGAAAAUCAGUCGCUUCAACAAUUGCUAUACAAUUUAUAUACCACGAUAACAUUGGCGGAAAUUAAGGGUUACAGUAUGAUUCAGUUCUCUUAUAAGAUAUUACGGCUUUACAAUCCAGGAACAAAUUUCACUGAUGAAAUGGAAAUAGUAAAACAACAAUAUGAGACAAGAACGACAGAAACUUUGCGGGCUGUAAAAACGGCUAUGGCAUUUGCUCCACGACAAAUUUGGAAAUGUGAUGCGAGAAUACAUAAAUUAGAUGAAACAUAUACCAAAUUAACACAAUUAUUCCAAGGAUAUAUUGUGAAUGAAGUGGAUUUGAAUAAAGACUCGUCUUGUCGAGAAAAUUGUGCUUACUAUGAAUAUUCAAAAGUUUAUGGAUGUUAUAAAAAUCAAUUUUGUGCUCAACAACGUAAAUGUAAUGGUAGAAUAUUGAAAUGCGAAUAUAUUGAUUCUGAUAUGUGGAUUUGCCCUUCGUCUGAACAUAAUGAUCGAAGAUAUGAAUACAUAGAAUACGAAAACGGUCAAGUAUUUGGAGAAAAAAGCACUUGCAAUAAAGGUACAACCAAAGUCGAUAGCUGGUGGCGUUGGUUAUUUUGGCACUGUAGCUAUUGUUUUUGCUAUUGUGAUGACAAUAAUAUGAAUUCUGACCGAUACUUCAGUUUAAGAAAAGUCGUAUCUGAUGUAGCGAAUAAUAAAGUAGUAACAGGUGUUCGAUUUAAAAAAGUCAAUCAAAUAAUACAUAUACAAAUACAACAAGGUGAAUUGAUGCCACGUGGGAAUAUUGAUAAAGCCAGUGUACAUUGGAAAUCAAUUGAAGAAUUUAAUGUAUUAGAUAGUAAUAUCAAAAAUGGUAUUGAUUAUCAUACUUUAUCAUGGGAAAAACGAGGCUUGGAUCUAGACGACUUAAUCCUCGACAAAAAUUAUCUUUUGACAGGUUUCAAGUUUCGAAUGGUUGGCUCACGAUUGAAUUUAGAAGUAAGAAUGACGCCUUUUAAUUUCACGACUGGAAAAUUAAUAGAACCAUUAAACAAUAGUUUUUGGUUCAGUCAUGAUCGAACCGAUAGAACUGAAUUAAAACUUGAGAAUCCUAAUAUACCAACUCGAUUACCUCUUCUCGCAUUACCAGACUCAAAAACAGAACAAUAUCUGAAUUUUGCACCAAGUGAUCGUAAAACUGAUGCUGCACAAAAUACAAUACCAUUUCUUGAUGUUCAAUCGGUAGAAUCAAAUCCACCAAUUCCAAUCGCAGGUGCUGGUAUUUUUCAUAAAGGCAGAUUAGGAUCGGGUGGAUAUGUAGCAUUAAGAUUGAUUACAUAUGAUUUUAGUAAACAUUUACAAGUUGAUUUACCUGUUAAUGUAGAAACAGUUGUUGAUGCUCCAAAUGAAAUAAGAUCAGUAUGAAUAUAUUUACAUAUAUUAUUAA